GAGUUUCUAACCUCAGGGGAAGUAGUUCUGAGAGACUAGGAGACUUGCUGGUGGAAACUCAAAGUACAGCAAAUCAUACAAGGAAAGCGGUUAGUUAAGAAGAAGGUGGUCAGUCAAGAAGGAGAAAAGGAUCUCUACAGGUUGGCCAGACAGGGGGACAGAGAUGAGAAGGAUGUGCAGCAGGUUAGGGUGAUUAAGGAAAGAGAUGGAAAUAUGUUGACUGGUGGCAGCAGUGUGCUAGCUAGAUAGAAAGAAUACUUCAAGGAGUUGAUGAAUGAGGAAAAUAAGAGAGAAGGGAGAGUAGAAGAGGCAAGUGUGGUGGACCAGGAAGUGGCAAUGAUUAGUAAGUUAGAAAGGCAUUAAAGAGGAUGAAAAAUGGAAAGGCAUUUGGUACUUAUGACAUUCUUGUGGAGGUAUGGAAGCAUCUAGGAGAGGUGGCUGUGGAGUUUUGGACCAGCUUGUUCAAUAGAAUUCUCACAUGUGAGAAGAUGCCUGAGGGAUGGAGGAAAGGUGUACUGGUGCCCAUUUUUAAGAACAAAGGUGAUGUGCAGAGCUGUGGGAACUAUAGAGGAAUACAGUUGAUGAGCCACACAAGGACGUUAUGGGAAAAAGUAGUGGAGGCGAGACUCAGGACAGAAGUGAGUAUUUGCGAGCAACAGUAUGGUUUCAUGCCUAGAAAGAGUACCACAGAUGCAUUAUUUGCCUUGAGGAUGUUGAUGGAAAAGUACAGAGAAGGUCAGAAGGAGCUACAUUGUGUCUUUGUAGAUCGAGAGAAAGCCUAUGACAGAGUACCCAGAGAGGAACUGUGGUACUGCAUGCGCAAGUCUGGAGUGGCAGAGAAGUAUGUUAGAAUAAUACAGGACAUGUACGAGGGCAGCAGAACAGCGGUGAGGUGCUGUAGGUGUGACAGACGAAUUUAAGGUGGAGGUGGGACUCCAUCAGGGAUCAGCCCUGAGUCCCCUCCUGUUUGCAGUGGUGAUGGAUAGGUUGACAGAUGAGGUUAGACUGGAAUCCCUGUGGACCAUGAUGUUUGCAGAUGACAUUGUGAUCUGCAGUGAAAGCAGGGAGCAGGUGGAGGAACAGAUAGAAAGGUGGAGGCAUGCACUGGAAAGCAGAGGAGUGAAGAUUAGCCGAAGUAAGACAGAAUAUAUACGUGCAUGAAUGAGAGGGGUGGUGGGGGAAGAAUGAGGCUACAGGGAGAAGAGAUGGCAAAGGUAGAGGACUUUAAAUACUUGGGGUCAACCGUCCAGAGCAAUGGUGAGUGUGGUCAGGAAGUGAAGAAACGGGUCCAAGCAGGUUGGAACGGGUGGAGGAAGGUGUCAGGUGUGUUAUGUGACAGAAGAGUCUCUGCUAGUUUAGAAGACAGCGGUGAGGCCGGCCAUGAAGGACGGAUCGGAGACAGUGGCACUGAAGAGACGACAGGAAGCAGAGCACAUGAAGAUGUUGAAGUUCGCUCUCGGAGUGACCGGGUUGGAUCAAAUUAGAAAUGAGCUCAUCAGAGGGACGGCCGAGGUUCGAUUUUUUUGGAAAGAGCAGACGUGGACGGUUAGGACACGUCCUGAGGCGAGAGGGUGAGUAUAUUGGUAGAAGGAUGAUGAGGAUGGAGCUGCCAGGCAAGAGAGCGAGAGGAAGGCCAGAGAGAAGGUUGAUGGAUGUCGUGAGGGAAGACAUGAGGGCAGUUGGUGUUGGAGGAGAUAGGCUGACAUGGAAAAGGAGGACGCGCUGUGGCGACCCCUGAAGGGACAAGCCCAAAGGAAAAGAAGAGGAGUAUUGUUUCUAUUGUGUUUUGAUUGGUGUGUUUAUUGAUUAGUGUUUCUGUGGAUUAGUAUUUGUAUUGGUUAGUGUGCGGAGACAGAUUGUUUCUAUGGAGGAUUGGAUUUAUUGCUCAGAGCAGUUGUGGUUCUCAAACUUGUGAGCCCAAGUUGAACCUCGGAAGAUAUUUGCCACUCCGAGUUCCGCCCUCGCGCCCAACAUGCAAAUACAGUAGCAUCGUAGGCCCAAGUGUUCAUCCAAAAUGCAGAGGUUUUGUUCCUAAAAAGUAAGCAGCCCAUCUAUCCUGCAUACUUAAUAUAUUAAUUUCUUAUUUUUCUGUCCCCCCCCAAAUUUUGCAAGCACUGUUUAACGUAGCCGCACAAUUAAGGUAGCAAAAGAUGCAAAUUGGGUGUUUUUUUUCCAGAGUUCUGUGUUACCAUAGCGAUACAAUUCCCCCAAAACUGCACCAAAAGUCCCAUUGGCAUGAAGAGGAGUUUGGAAAAAGUUGAAUGGAGCCGCACAAAAGACAUCAAAGAUUCGUCUCGGCCGGACGACGAUCGCAAUUUCCAACUUGCAACAGUCAGCAAAUUUCUGCGGGAAGUUUCGAGUUCAUAUUAUCCUUUCCCAAAGUGCGCGUGUUGGCGAAGGCGCUGUCUCCGGCGUUCGUCCGCUUCGGAGGAACCCGGCAGGACUUCAUGGAGUUCCAGCCGCAGCGGAAGCUUCCGGCAGGCAAACCCAGAGGCUCGCAGCCCAAACCUUUGACGGGCUGGUGGGAGGAGCAACUAAUGGCGCAGUGGCGCAAACAACAACGGCGGCUCGCCAGAGAAGACGCCAGCGGGAAGUACCGACAGGUCAAGUUCACAGAGAGCACGCUGGACGAGCUUCACGCCUUCGCCAACGCGUCCGGCUUGGAUCUCGUCUUCGGACUCAACGCGCUGCUCAGGAACGCCGACAACAGCUGGAACGCCAGCAACGCGCGCGCACUGCUACGCUACUGCGAGGAACGCCGCUAUCGAGUCUCGUGGGAGCUCGGCAACGAGCCAAACAGCUUUGAGAAGAAGGCGGGGCUCCGCGUGAGCGGCGAGCAGCUGGGCCAGGACUUCACGCGUCUCAGGGAGAUGAUGUCCGAGUCGCCGUGGCACCGCCGCGCGCGCCUCUACGGGCCGGACGUGGGCCAGCCCCGAGGACGCACGCUGGACUUGCUGGAUGGGUUCCUGCGCAGUGGGGCCGACGCCAUCGACGCCUGCACGUGGCACCAUUACUACGUGAACGGUCGAGACACGUCGUUGGACGACUUCCUGGAUCCCAAAGUUUUGGACUCGCUGGCGCUGAAGACCAAACAAGUCAUCAAGGCGAGUCGCUACAUGCGUGUGUUGCGCGUGCCGACGCGACCUGACGUGUUGUGUCUUGGUGCGUGUGCGCAGGAAGUGAAGCGCGUGUCUCCGGGGAAGCCCGUGUGGCUGGGAGAGACCAGCUCGGCCUACGGGGGCGGGGCUGCGGGCCUGUCCGACACGUUCGCGGCGGGAUUCAUGUGGUUGGACAAAUUAGGAACGGCAGCCAAAGGGGGCGUGUCGGUGGUGAUGCGGCAGGUUCUGAUCGGCUCGGGAGCGUACCAUCUUCUGGACGAGCGUCUGGACCCGCUUCCUGACUUCUGGCUGACGCUCAUUCACAAACGCGUGGUGGGUCGCGGCGUCCUGAGCGCCGCCACGUUUUCUGCACAGACCCGAAGUGGCCGAGUUCGUCUGUACCUGCACUGCGCCGCCGCGCCCAGGUACAGAGAGGGCGCCGUCACGCUCAUCGCCAUCAACCUCGACAAAACGGCCGCCGACAUCGGCGUUCCGAGGCGGCUGGCGAGCGGCAAUGUCGACGCGUUCGUGCUGCGGUCGGACCGACGAGGCCGGGACGGACUUGUGUCCAGGCGCGUGAUGCUGAACGGGGUCGCCGUGACGAUGUCGGGCUUGACGCUCCCCGAGCUGGUCGGCCGCCGAAUGGCCGCCUCGGAACGCGUCACGCUUCCCGCCUUCUCGCUCGCCUUCUUCGUCUUCACGGACGCGCGGUGCCGCGCCUGUGCCGACUGACCUUCGUCAUCAGCAGCAGCAGCUAUCGCUUUGCUUUUUAUAUGUCAUACAGAGCCCUGAGCAGUUUUUUUUAUUGAUCAACAACGCUGAUGGGAAGUCAGAAACAUUUUUGCUUUCUUGGCCUAUUCUGCCUAGCAACAAGUGAGCUCACCGAAGUGUUACGUGUCGGGCCCGACCAAUUCGUGGGCCGAUACGAUGUUUUGUUUUGUUAGACAUGAACAUAUUCCAACAUAAGACAAAGAUAAUGGCCUUUAAACAAACAUAGACAAAUUGGCAAAAAAAAAAAUAUUUUCUUUUUUUUUUUUUACCAUUAUAACAUAAGACAAACAAAAAAAAUAGCUGGUUUUUUUUUCAACAUUAGGCAAAGAUGAAACACAAAUAUUUUCAAAAAUUGACCAAAAAUUGGUCAAUUUUUGCUGAAUUUUGAAAAUACUGAAAGACAAAGUCUUGAAAAUGAGUCAAAUGUCUUUAUUGUCGUAAGCGUCAAGGGGUCAGAAAAAGAGAGGAUUUGAUUCAUUAUAUACUUUCAAAUUAAUCAGCCGAUUAAUUGCUUAUGGGAAUUUUGUUCUGCCAAACAUCGAAUCAGCCUCAGAAAAUCCAGAUGGGUCGGGCCCUAAUUAUGGGUAGAAAAAAGAAAACUGGAUGGUAUUUUAUCAUGAACGUAAUCAAUAAAAACAGGUCGACAAGUGUCUGAUCGAUUGAUGAA